GAAGAGAAAGAGAGAGAGAGACAGUAAUAUACACGCACAGUAAAUGCACAGUAAAACGAAACGCGAGAAAUUCGCAAGAAUUACGCAACUCGUGCUCCCUACGUCGUGUGUAAACGUGAAAGAAUAGAAUUGGCGAGCGAUUAAACCAUGACAAAAAGUCGUCGCGAUUUAGUGAGUGCGUAACUAGCGAGAGCGACCGACACGAGAGCGGCGGCGACUCGUGCACGCUUGAUUUAUCCUUCAUUUACCGCUCAGUCACACAGAGAGGCUCAUUGGCUCGUUAACGGGUUAGAUGUAACGGCGACGAUCCCACGCAAAGUGUAACGGAUGAAUUGUUAUGAAAUAGCUAUUUUCGUGCCGGACGAUUAAUACGGGGAGAUAUUAAUAGAUAUCUAAGAACCCCGUUAAUCUGAAGAAAAACAGCCAUGACUGCCAUAGGCGACGUGCAAGUCUUGCAGACUCUCACAGUUUACACCAGCGAUAUAAACAGCGUCGACUUCGCCGGCGAUUGCGUGCUGGUAACGGGAUCCGGGGACAAACGCGUCCGAGUUUGGGAAUGGCAACCCGGCACUGGCUACGUGGAGGCUUACUUUUCGCCGCUGAUGGGUCACAAGUACGGCGUUACCGCGGUCAAAAUCAGCCCCCAAUCCACCAUGCUAGCCACGUCCAGCAUAGACGGUACCACGUUGCUUUGGAAUUUACGUACGGGGACGAAGAUACACGCCAUGGUUCAAGUGGGCGGCGAAGCGGUGAGGGUAUGCAGAUUCUCGCCAGAUUCGACGUUACUCGCGACCGCCGGAGAUAACGGCCAAGUCUGCAUCUGGGAUCUGGUUCACCGCAAUUUAAUCAGGUGCUUUCAGAAGCACGAGGGUGCCGUGCAGAGCGUGGCCUUCUCGCCGGACUCCUGCUGGCUCAUCACCACGUGCACGCUGGGCGUCCUCAAGCUAUUCUCCACUGCCGAACUGAUCGACACUUGUACCUCUAGCAAUCAAGACGUCACGGAACUUGCUUCGAUCGACGAUGCUCACGACAUGGGUGUGGUUUGCUGCGACUUCUCGAGUUUUCAGGAAGUCACGUGUAACGAGCCGUACACCAAGCUUUAUCAGCUGGUAACGUGCGGCAACGAUCACGAUGUGAAACUGUGGGAAGUCACGGUGAGCCAGAACAAAUGCGAGGCCCAGCCUUCUACUGCCACUGUACAGCUUUGCAGAGUGAUGGAAAAGCACAGCAGUGCCUUAACUUGCGUCCGUUUCAGCAGCAACGGAUUAUACAUUGCCAGCUGUAGCCUCGAUAAAACGGCAGUAAUUUGGGAGACGAGCUCGGGAAAAAUUGCAUCGAUACUGUCCGGUCACAAUAGAUACGUCGCUUGCUGCGCUUUUUCACGCGACGGCAACUUGUUGGCGACAGGCUCCAAUGACAAAUCGGUGAUCGUGUGGGACCUGACGGGAAACCUGAAUAUCGAUUCCGAGCUCUCGAGAAUUGGCGCCAAGUGGUUCGUGAGUGAUCCUGAAAAGAGCGCUAUGCACGAGCAAGACGUGAUGAGGAACGUCGAAACUUUCGCUAACGAGGUGAGACUGAUCCAAAGACUGGAGGAGCACAACGGGGCGGUGAACAGCGUUGCCUUCUAUGGGAACAAUCUUUUAGCUUCAGCUUCAGGGGAUAAACUAGUGCGCAUAUGGAGCGUGGAGACGGAAGAGGAGGACGGGCAGGAGGUGAUCAAGAUACAGGAGAAGCCCUUCAGUCCGCUCGAUGCUCACACCUACAGUGUCAACUACGUGGAGUUCAGUCCGUGCGGCACGAUGCUCGCUUCCUGUUCGCUCGAUGGCACGACUCUGGUUUGGAACACGGAGAUCGGCGGUCAGGCAAAGUCCUCAUUCGUCAAUUCUGGGACCGGCAUCCGGGUGUGCCGCUGGUCACCGGAUGGCGUGAAGAUCGCCACUGCCGGCGACGACGAGAAGACCACGUUAUGGGACGUGGAGACCAUGGACGAGCUGCAGCCGUGUUACAGUGUCUUCGAAGGACACGCUGACGCGAUAUCGGCUAUUGCGUUCACGCACGACUCUCGGUACUUGGUAACCGCGUGUAACGAGGGCACCUGGCGGCUGUUCGACACCCUGGACGAGAAGAACGGCAGCGAGGCGUUGAUGGUUUGCGACGCCAGCCACGAUCUGGGUGUUCAGGGAUGCGACUUCAGCCCCACUUCGAGCUCCACGAUGUGUACCAGAAACUCGGACAUGAACGUCGACCAGCAAAUGUAUCUCUUGGCGACGUGUGGCAACGACUCGCUGGUCAAACUGUGGCAUGUAAUCAUAUCGAACGAGCCACCAGCCGAUCCGGACAGCAUCGGAACGAGCGAGUCUGGGACGCGUUACAAGGAGAAGAAAUCCUUGGCCGGGCACGGCGGCAACGUCAUGUGCGUCCGUUUCUCGCCCAUUCACGGGGAAGUCCUGGGUAGCGUCGCGACGGACAGGACAGCUCGUAUAUGGAGCGUGUUUUCCGGAAGUUGCCUGUACGUCUUGGAGGAUCACGACAGUCUCGUCACGUCGUGCGCAUUUUCCGAAGAUACGACUCUCUUCGCCACAGGUGCGUUGGACAAGACCGUUCUGGUUUGGAAGGUGCCGCAGCAAUUAGUGUCACAAAGCAAUCUGAUGGACAGCCUGAGAAACAAGAAGAAGAGGGUGACGGACUGGAAUGUGCACGACACUUUGAAAUGGCUAAACGACAUCGAGCUAUCCAGACUGGCCAGGAGAGUGCUUCCUCUGAGAUUGACUGGACGACACUUGCUCUCCAUAUCGGAAAACGAACUAAUAUCUAAACUAGACAUCAAGGACGACGAAGAGGCGGUGGAGAUACUGAAGAGGCAAUUAUAUUGGCUAAAGCGUGAGGACUUCAAUGUCACGGAGAGUAUAGACGAGUCUGAGAUUCCCCAUGAAUACCUGUGUCCCAUAACGCACGAGAUAAUGAAAGAACCUGUGCAAUGUUCAGACGGAUUUACCUACGAGAGAGCGGCUAUAAACGAGUGGUUCCUGUGCGGUAAAUACACGAGCCCGAUGACGAACGAGCCGUUGCACGACACUUCCUUCACUUCGAAUAUCGCUCUCAGAAACGCUAUACUCACCCUACUGCACGGUGAAGGGCCGCAAUAAUGAUCGAAAUUUGCGCGUCACAUUGCGAUACGAGAAGAGAAAAGCAGAGAAUACUACACGCACGUGUCGGCAACUCGCCGAAUGCACGAGAAACGACUUUACUCCGCGGUAAGUUCGAGCGGCUCAAAGUUCAGCGGCUUUGACGCAGUGAUAUUCACUCCCAAGAAUCAGAAGGUACUUCGAACGUCGGACGUAGAUAUGACCGACUAAGAUCAAUUAGACGCUUGCAAAAAUACGAGAGAUGUAGCGGUGACCUUACAAAAGGUACGGCUUAUGAAGAGACGUUGCGAUUCCCAAAUUUUGCGCAAUUCGCCGAGAUUCUAACAUCACCCCAUUCUAAGGAUACUGCAUAUCCUCUUAAUAUCAGAAUGGCUCUGAUCUGACCAUCGAUCUGGGAGAAAGGGAAGAAGAGAAAGAGAAGACCAGUGUCUAGAAACGAAUAUUGCUGAAAGAAUUCCGAAUACAUUCGACGAUACGGCGCGUGUACUAUACUCUAACAAUCCAGAUACCUGAUGCAAAGCAACAGUACAAGUUAACGCAAAUUUAUUGACAAUCCUUGAGAUUACGGAUAGUGGGAGUGCUGGUCUAAGUAUCGAUAUUACGGAAUAGUCGAACGUACAUACGUACAUGUAGAUAGAUAGAGAGAGAUAGAGAGAGAGAGAGAGAGAGAGAGGGAGGGAGGGAGGGAGAGAGAGAGAGAGAGGUAUCGAAGAUACCUCGGAUUUUAUAUUAGUUCUACACGUACAAGCGGGAUUUCGGCCGAAUCGGCGUGCACCAUCUCGCAAGUGCGGCGUGCGUCUUUGCUACUCUCCAGCAUCUCGCAUCUCUUUCAAAUCUUUUAUAAUUCCAGUAACUCGUUCUCCCGUUAAACACUCGACUGCUCCCCGUAGGGGAGUUUACCGACCGAAUUUUAUAAGACCUUCUCCUCGGAGUACCGAUAUAUCAAGUAGAACUAAUUUCGGAUCUCUAAGAUUGUAACGACAGGGUCAACUUUGCAGGCGGGAAGGAGAAUUUUAGAGGACCGUCUUCUAGUGUCGAGGAAAGUGAUUUCCGUAGAAGGUUGUUGAGCAUUACUCUAGAUGUUACUAAACGAGCCGAAAUACCAUUUUUACAAUGGCGCGGAGUUGCAAAGUUUUUAUCCCAUCUCACGGUAUUGAGACUUUUCAAUUGAAAGCAGCUGAAAACCAAGUUUUCAGUUUAGAAUAAUUAAUGAAUGAUAAAAAAAGACUAAUGAAAAAGGAAAAAAGAAAAGUAAACUUGCGCGUUAUAAACACGUUUUAGAGAAUGGAUAUGCUACUUAGUAGUAUAGAGGAAUAUUUGUGCCUAAUGUAUAAGAUUAUACGGCGAGGAAUUAUCGUAUUUCUCGGAAUACUGAAGAUAUAUCUCGAUUUUCUAAUCCCUAGCAUCUCUCAUCGCGUUUUAACGUGCAUUCAUUCUCUUUAUUAUAUACUUUGAGGUUCGUACAGACGUAUUUUAAUUGUCGCGCGUAGUUUUGCGUGUGACACAACGGUGGUACAUUGCUUUGUUCACAACUCUUGAAAUGUAUAUCAGUUUUUGGAUAUUUUUUAUUAGUGGCACCGCGACAUAUUUAUAUAUACGUAGGAGUCUCCCUUUCUAACGCGUCAAUUGUUAUUCUAACAUUGCGAGCACAGAAUUAUUUACUAGUAUUAGUAGUGUUGUAAAUGCUAUCUCGACGUUCCUUUUGUUAUAUACACUUGUUAGAUCGGCGAUAUAAACGUGUCGGGGAUAGCGAGUAUCAGUUGUGACAGAUGGGAUGCGACAACUCAUUUUACUAUCACACGAUAUUAACUCUAACAUUAAUCGUAAAUACUAUAAACAAAAGUCGUUAAACGGAAGUCGUAUAUAAUUGUAAACAACGUGAAAGGAGACCGCGCUAUACUUACAUGUGCGCGUCAUUCGGAGGAACGCGAAUCGUCGAUUUAUCUUUCUUUGCGAGAGUUCACCCGAGAAUCCCCGAGGUGAUUUUACAGCUCGAAGCUGUCGAUCGUUUCUAAUUCUAACGUUUACGCACAGAUUUCUACGUGUUUUGUACGAGUUUUCCCGAUCACACCCGGAUUACACACCCGGGACACAGUUUUGUAAUUGUGCGUCUUCAAGCUGUCUCACUCGAGUAUCAAAGUCUGUAUUUCUGUGAUAUAAUUGAGAAAUCGUUUGAGAAAUCCUGCUGUAUGUCGAAGGUGGAUCUUAGAGUAUAAGCAGGCGCGAUCGAGAUCGAGAGUAAUUCGUCGAUCGCGCCGAUCGAGCAAAGUCCGACGCAAUCGAGCUUGAGCGUUAAGCGAUUUUACAGUUAUAAGCGUGAUCUUUUUCUGUAUAACUAUAUGUACGAGAAUAAAGAAGGAUAAUAAAAAUGAUCAUUACGA